AUGGUCACAAUAAUUAGUGGAGAAGACGAGUCUUGCUGGUAUUUGGACACGGGGUGUUCCAACCACAUGACAGAGAGGAGAGAAUGGCUGAUAGAUCUUGAUCCAAGCGUGAGAAGCAGCGUCAAAUUUGCGGACAACAGCACAAUAACAACAGAAGGAGUUGGCAAAGUAAUGAUCACUCGAAAAGAUGGUAAAACUGCUUACAUGAGUGAUCUAUUGUAUGUUCUUAACAUGAAAAAUAAUCUAUUAAGUUUGGGACAAUUACUGGAGAAGGGUUAUACUGUGUCAAUGCAGCAAAAUCACAUAGAGGUGUAUGAUGGACAACAAAGGUUGAUUCUUAGAGCUCCAAUGUCACGAAAUAGAACUUUUAAGAUCAACAUGAAUGCAACAGUUAUCCAGUGUCUAGCAUCAGUGAAUGUUGAAGAGGAAGGAUGGCUUUGGCACUACAGAUUUGGGCACCCAAACUUCAAAAGUUUGGGUCAAUUAAGCAGCAAGAAGUUAGUAAGUGGAAUACCACUGAUUCAUGUUCCUGAUAAAACUUGUGAAGGUUGCAUUGUUGGUAAACAAACGCGAAAGGAGUUUAAGAAGUGUGCACCAAAGAGAUCAAAAUAG